AUGACUUCACAAUCUACCUCAAACAAAACAUUAAACAGAAUUAUGACUUCACAAUCUACCUCAAACAAAACAUUAAACAGAAUUAUGACUUCACAAUCUACUUCAAACAAAACAGAUGGACAAUCUACUAAAAUUUCAUCAACCACUAAAUAUACAAAAUACACUAUUACAACUUCAGAAUGGCAUUACCUAAAGAUAAAAAUUAACUUUGACCCACCAUCCGGUGCAUUACCGACUAUAACAUCGUUGGCACUUCGUUCACUAAUUAGCAGAUCAUUAUCUGAUGUGUUUGGAGUCAUUGGAUCUGGUGUUCACGUUGAUAUUUUAUAUUGGAGUGGUGAUGACAGUCAAAAUGAAGAAUAUAUUGGAGUGAUUAGAGUUCCAAGAGAAGACUUAACAACAUUAUGGAGCUCGCUUACAUUAUUUAAUGCGACUUUAGAUGUUGGAGAUCAAACUAGUAAAGAAAUUAAUUUUGAA